UGCUGCAGGGCUGCUGCUGUCUGCUCUGUCAGUUUGUAUGAUGCACUUGCUCGGCUGCAGGUUUGAGAACAAAAGUUUGCUUUGUAGGAGCCUCGAGCUGACGUCACUUCUCUUGAGUUGCCUGGAUGAGACGGAGGAGAGACUGUGUUCAAUCUGCGACCAGAGAGCAACACAUCCAGUCACUCUCACCCGGACUCAAUUAACUCGCCACCUCUCCACAUUUACCUCUCUCUGCUGCUCUCCAACUGCGCUCAACUGGGGAGUAAAUUAGCGGCGUCCUCUGUUUUCUUUUGAAUUUUUAUGAGAACACAGAUUUCCAACGGUAAGGUGCAGAGCAGGGAUGUCACAGAACUGAGGAUAGUCUCAUACAAUAUGGAGUCUGGAGAGCGCCUGUCCUCCCCAUCUUCAGCCCCGUCCUCCCUUCACAUGGCCUCCUCUUCAGCCAGCUCCUCCCCUGCACCACCCCAGACGCCAUCCACCAAAUGCAGCCCAGCCCCUAAACGUGCAGGCAGUUCCCCUCUCACUGCCUGUGGCCCUUUGCUACAGAUGACGGGGGAUGCGUGUUUAAAUACGUCUGGAAAGUCCAACAGUUUUCCCUUAGUAGCUCAUCCAGCUUUUGGGCUCUACACUUCAAGUUUAGGACGAUCUGAGUUUGGAGGUCUUGGAAGUCUGGGUUUAUCUGCCUUUGCUGCUCACCCCCAGUUUGGUACAUUUCCAGUGUCUCGCUCCCACACUCCAGACUGGUUUUGGCCAUCUGACGCACAUACCAGAGGAGCAGCAGCCUUCUUCCCUCCUCUUCUGGGUCUGCAUCCUGUAUUUACAUCAGCCUUCAAGAGCCAAGAUCCUGCGCCCUCACAGUCCCGUACGUCAGUUUCUGCAGGUGUGAAUGGAGCAGUGAAUGGUCGGAGCAGUUCCUCUCCUACUGGGAACUCUGCUGUGGACGCCAGAUCAUUUCCAGCAAAGGCAAACAAGGAUCAAACUAUGGUCAACAGUCAUCCAAAGAGCAGUCAGGACCCAGGCCAGCUAUUCCAGAAGAGUGUUCAGAAAACAAAAGAAAAGAAACCCAGCAAAGGACCACUAGAGACCUCAAGCAUGAGUGGCAGCCAGUCAGGAUCCUUAUCAGAUAGCUCCAGUGAUGGUGAGGACAGCAGCAGUGAUGCUGAUGACAUGGAGGAGGAAGAGGAGGACAAUGAUGAAGAUGAGGAUGAUCAGAGCAACGACAGUGAGGACUCUGAUUCUGAAACAGAGAGACAAGUUAAACAGAAAGUCAAGCGGCUGACACAGAACACUUUAGAGAGUAAAAAGAGGAGAUCUUGCACUGCUGAUGGAAAUCCAACUCAAGACAGUUGUCGUGAUGGUGUCUCUUUGACUUCCUCGCACCGUAUCCAGCCCUCUUCUCAUCCUGCUGGCAGGCCUCAAUCUGCAGCUCUGUUUCUCCAGAGCUCCAAGACUGCGGAGGAGGACGGACAGAAACACAUUAGUGUCAUCCAGGCCACAGGGCUGGCAGCCAUUAGCAGCAGUCCCUUUUCAAAGUCCCACAGGGAGGUCUCUCCUCUGCCCUCCAGAUCCUCACCCAAACCUAUUUCAUUCUCCAACUCACCCAAGCACUUACCUCCUGCUUCACCAAAGCCCUUCUCUCAUUCGUCCUCACCAAAGCGUAGCUCUCUCUCCUCUUCCCCCAAACCUCUUGCCCUUUGUUCCCCUCUGAAACCCCUGUCUCUGGGGACCUCACCCAGACCUUCAUUUCUUUCUUCACUCAAACGUCCCUCCCUCUCCUCUUCACCCAAACCACCCACAUCGUCAGCCACACAGAAGCCCUCACAUAAACAGAGGGUUUUGAUGCCCUCCUCUAAGCACACACAGGCUGUUGAUAACCCAAAGGAGAGCAGUGGAAACCAAGAUGAAAUCUCAUUGCACUUCAACAGUUUUAAAUUAAGACAGCCCGUCCAUCCCAAGGACUCUUUAAAGCAGCCUUUCUCUCUGCAACUGUCCAGCCAGAACUGCAAUGACACCAACCUGUUCCUGAACCCUCGUCCUAAUGGAGCAUUCCACAGCGAAGUUCAGGAUGCCCCCUUGGCUCUCAUCACAAAACCCCGUAGCCAGAGCAGCACCCUCAACAACAAGCCACUUGUGGCCGCUAUUAGCCCUUCCUACCUGAUGCCCAUCAACUUGAGCACUGGCACCAAGGAACCAUCAGACUCAUCUUCACCGCUUAAAUCAACAGUCUCGCCACAACUUGCUCACGGAUCGAGGAAGAUCAAGAGCCCAAAAUCUCUACAUGCAGGAAGAAGUCUCCUGAAAACCCACUCAUCCUGUCCUCAACCUGUAGAAUUGGUCAGAGGCAGUGAGUCUGACAUCCACAGCAGCAAGGACUCUGACUCUGACUCUUUAGGAGAUGACUACGAUGAAGAUGAUGAAGAUGAUAUUGAUGAAGAGGAUUCUGGUAGUAGUCUAUCAGAGUCAGAGAGCAAUCUGGAGAGCGACUCUGACGGCUCUGAGGAUGACAUGAAAGAGCGCGCUGAGACUGAAGCAGAUAGUGAUGCAGAAAGCACUCCCCUGAAACAAGCGAAAGCACCGCUGUCAGCUCGCAAGUCCUCCUCGAACCUCUCAGCCAACUGCUCCCUGCUCAACCUGCAAGUCAUCACGCCACCUAGUUUGUCCAGUAGUCUACUCACCCCCAACAGACUGAGCAGCUCAAGAGCUUUGAGCAACCACAGCACCCCCUCCUCAUCCUUCACACUUACCACACUGCCAGGAUCAGGGAAGAGAAGGAGAGUGACAGAUGAGAGAGUUCUACGGUUACCUCUUGAGUUUGGGUGGCAGAGAGAGACUCGGAUCAGGAGUGUGGCAGGUCGACUUCAAGGGGAGGUUGCUUACUUUGCACCAUGCGGGAAGAAGCUUCGUCAGUAUCCUGAUGUAAUGAAGUACUUAGUACGGAAUGGAAUAACUGAAAUCUCACGGGAUAACUUCAGCUUUAGUACAAAAAUCAAAGUUGGUGACUUCUAUGAAGCCAGAGAAGGACCGGAGGGUCCACAGUGGUUUUUACUGGCUGAGGAGGAGAUCACUCCCAGUAUCAUAGCGAUGGAUGGCCGUCGCAGCCGGCGCUUGAAAUCUGAGCACCAGCCAUCAGGUGAUGGCACUGACGGCCAACAAUGGAAGACUCAUCCUCUAAAUGUUGGAGAAAAUAACUUCCAAGACGUCAGUAAUGCCAAGCUGCUCCGCAAACUGGAGGCUCAGGAAAUAGCUCGACAGGCAGCUCAGAUCAAAUUGAUGAGAAAACUAGAAAAGCAGGCCAUGGCACAAGCAGCUAAGGAGGCAAGGAGGCAACAAGCAAAAAUGGCUGCUGAGGAGAGGCGGAAAAAGAGAGAGCAGAUGAAGAUUCUCAAACAGCAAGAGAAGAUCAAGCGCAUUCAGCAAAUUCGAAUGGAGAAAGAACUCCGUGCACAGCAAAUUCUCGAGGCUAAAAGAAAGAAAAAAGAAGAAGCAGCCAAUGCCAGAAUAUUGGAGGCCGAGAAACGAAACAAGGAGAAGGAGAUGCAUAGACUGCAAGCUGUUAUUAUGAAGCACCAGGAGUUGGAGAGGCAUAGACUAGAUAUGGUAUGGUGUCUUCCAGAGUUGUCACACAUCCCUGGUCUGGUCUUGUCAGGAAGCACCUUCUCUGACUGCCUGAUGUUGCUGCAGUUUGUGCAUGGCUUUGGAAAGGUCCUGGGAUUAGACAUGAAUUUAAACAACCUCAACUUAAGUGUCCUUCAAGAGGGUUUACUUAACACCAGGGGCAGUAUGGGAAAAGUGCAGGACCUGCUGGUGAGCAUGGUUUCUGCAGCUGUGCGUGAUCCUGGUAUACCUGCAGGUCACAGGAGCAAAACCAGCCUAGGGGAACACUUGACUAAUGUGGCGAUCAACAGAGACAAUGUGUCUGAGAUCCUGCAGAUCUACAUGGAGGCUCACUGUGAUCAGACAGAGUCAGCUGCUCUGGCCCUCAGUCUCAGGACUAAAGCUUUUCAGGCCCACAGUCCGUCUCAGAAGGCCUCCAUGUUGGCGUUCCUGGUUAAUGAGCUCUGCUGCAGUAAAGCUGUGAUCAGUGAGAUCGACAAGAACAUCGAUCACAUGACCAACCUGAGGAAGGAUAAGUGGGUUGUAGAGGGAAAGCUCCGCAAACUGAGGAGCAUCCACACCAAGAGGACAGGGAAGAGAGACAGCAGUGUGGGCGGAGAUGACAGCCACACCUUCGUCAUCCCCACUGCCAGAAGCAAAUGCAAGAGGAAAGAAGGAGACAGUGAGGAAGAGGAGGAUGACGAUGACGACAGCGAGGACCAAGGAGACGACGAUGACGAGGAGGAAGAAGAUUCUGGGGGAAAGAAAGGGAAGAAAGUAGAGAUAUGUGAGGAGGAGGACGACAGUGUGCACUCCGCCAGUGUGGAGGAGCUGGAGAAACAGAUUGAGAAAACAUACAAGCAACAGAGUCAGAUCAGACAGAAGCUGCUAGACUCAUCUCACUCUCUGCGCUCCAUGAUGAUUGGACAGGACCGCUUCAAAAGGCGUUACUGGGUUCUCCCGGAGUGUGGCGGCAUCUUUGUUGAGGGCAUGGAGAGCAGUGAAGGUUAUGAAGAGUUGGAGAAGGAGAGACAGGAAACAGCUCAGAUGAUCAGAAUAAAGGAGGAGCAGCUGGAAGAGACCAAGAUGCAGGUGGUGUCCAGCCCAGCACCGAGCACAGACAGAGAUACAGCCACACCAGAGAGCCAGCAGGACAAAGACAGUCUCAAUCUCUUCCUCCAGAAACCUGGCUCCUUAUCUAAGCUCAGCAAACUCCUCGAAGUGGCCAAAAUGGCUCGAUUUUCAAACAUCAAUCCUUACAACAGCCAGAACAGUAGCUCCGCUAAAAUCCCUUCCACUGCAUCUUAUCCCUCACAUCCCUCCUCUCAGACAGGAAUAUCCCACAGCCCCCCACCUGCAACCACCCCGCAGGGACUGGCAGAUAAAACAGACACUUCAGGGCCAUAUCCGCUCUGUGCCCCCCAGCUCAAAGGCAGCCCCUGGAUAACCUCCAGCCCCCAGUCUGUCCUUCAGGACGAUCAGCUCACUAAGAUACUGAUGGAGAAGAGCAGCCAGUGGUUUAGCCUCUUGCCUCGCUCUCCUUGUGACGAGUACUCGGUCACCUCUGGCUCCAGUCCUCCAGCCUCCUCCUCUUCUCCACACACCGUGAGCACCAAAUCCCCCUCCUCCCUCUCCCCUAAUCCCCCAGCUGCAGCCGGCUACGCCGCUCCUGCUGGGAUCAAUAACAUGCAUUCUCCUGUCCUUCAGCAAGUAAAGUCUGGCAUUCAUCAGAGUGGACUGACACUGUGUGACACAUCCAGUGCAGCCACAAGUCUCAGCCUGCCCUUCGGCACUUCUCUACCCCCUGUGCUGGAUCUGGCCUCCCAGCAUGCGGAGGGUAGUGGGAGCAGGGUCUUCCUCCUGGUGAAUAACAACACUGUCAACAAGCUUGAGACCCCAGAGGCCCUGCGUGACAAACCCCCUUGUGCCUUCUUCCCUGCUGUGGAGGCGGCCAAGACCCAGGACUACCCCAGACCUCUGCCUAUCCCUGAGGAGAUGCUGCACGGUUGGUGGCGAGUGUCAGACGUGCACGAGCUGCACAGUCUGGUGAAGUCGCUCCACAGUCGAGGCAUCAGAGAGAAGGUCCUACAGAAACAGUUCCAAAAACAUAUGGAGUUUGUGACCCAGCUCUGUGCCAACAGCAAAGAUGCAUUUGAUGUGGCAAAGCUGGAGAAAGAAGAAGUGAGUGAGAAAACAGUGGAGAGUUGGUGUGUGGAGGAGCAGGCCAUGGAGGUGGACAUCAGCCUACUGCAGCAGGUCGAGGCUCUGGAGAGGAGAGUCGUCUCUGCCAGUCUGCAGAUCAAGGGCUGGAUGCACCUUGAGCCCCAGUCAGAGAGGGAGGAUCUGGUCUAUCACGAACACAAGCUCAUCUCUUCUCCAGCUCCUGAAAACAAGUGUCAAAGAGAAACCAGCCCGGAGAAACUCCCUGGCAGUGUGGGGCGUCGGCCUAACAAUCCUCUUGAUAUAGCUGUCAUUAGGCUGGCAGAGCUGGAGAGGAACAUUGAACGAAGGUAUCUACAAACAUAAACAUUCAGAUACCGGAUAAAGUGCGAUAAAGUCUGUGAUUGUAUAUGUGAUUGCUGUACAGUAAUACUGCAGUCUUACUCUCUGUAACCUCAAAGCAGUGAGGACGAGGUGACUCCUGGGAUGAGGUUGUGGCACAAAGCCCUCGGUGAAGUCCGCAGCUCGGCUCAGCUGUCACUCUGUAUUCAGCAGCUGCAGAAAUCCAUCGCCUGGGAACGGUCCAUCAUGAAAGUGCACUGCCACCGUUGUCAAAAGGGGGAUAAUGAAGAACUGCUCUUACUUUGUGAUGGCUGUGAUAAAGGCUGCCACACUUACUGCCACAAACCUAAGAUCACCACAGUUCCUGACGGCGACUGGUUUUGUCCCACUUGUGUUGCAAAGGAAAGCGGUCAAUCCCCCUGGAGUAGGAAGCAACAGAACCGAACAGCUGGGGGAGGGAAGAGAGGCAGCGAUGUAAAACGAAAUAGUAAGCCAUCUGUGGUAGGAGAGCUCAUCAAAGAGGAGGCUGCCAGCAGCAGCAGCAGCAGCGCGCCAAAGAAAGGUACCAAGGAGUUCAGGAAGAGGAAGGGAGACGACAGUCCGCCCAGCUCCCAGGCCAAGCUUGACAGCCCCGUGUCCUGUGCCAAAAAACCCAAAAUGGCCAAAGACAACACAAAUGGGCUGGAAAUGUGCCGAGUUCUGCUGGCCGAGCUGGAGGCUCAUCAGGACGCGUGGCCCUUUCUCAUUCCUGUCAACAACAAAGCUGUACCCGGGUACAAGAAGGUCAUCAAGAAGCCCAUGGACUUCUCCACCAUCAGAGAAAAACUCACCAACAACCAGUACUUAAAUUUAGAGACCUUCAUCAUUGACGUCAACCUGGUUUUUGACAACUGUGAGAAAUACAACGAGGAUGAUUCAGAAAUCGGACGAGCCGGACACAACAUGAGAAGGUUCUUUGACCAACGAUGGACUGAGCUGCUGAAGUAAAAAAAAAAAAAAUCAAGUGUGCUAUUCUCUACAUAUCAAACUUCCUCUUUGGUGUCGGAGGCCUUCUCUUCACCUGUGACACUAGAUCAGUAUAGAGCUGUAAUAAAACUGAUGUGCAAUGUGAAAGGACAAACACUCCAUGGAUCAGUAUCUUCAAGUGCAAUACUGUUUAGUUUUCGAAAACAACUCAACAUUUUGUUUGGGAAUCAAACACGUCUACUGUAGACAGGUCAUUGACUUUUUCUUAUCAUCAGCACUGCAGUAUAGCUUUUUGUACAUGUGUAUUUAUUUUUCAUAUUUAUGUUUGAGUCUUUUCUAAGAAACAGGAGAUGGCACACAGCUUUAACUAAGUCUUAAGAUUGUUUCAUGGACUACUGAACAAGCCAAUCAAAAAAAAAAAGUUUACAGCAUUUAUUUGUGACUAUGGGGUCCAGCAGUGCUACUGUUCUGUUUAAGUGUGAAAUAUAAGGAGGUUUACUGUCACAUGUAAAGUGUUCAUUUCUGUCUUUAUUUACAUUUCUAAAAUGUAUAGUGUACAUACUGAACAGUCUGUGGAUAAGGAUAAUUGUAGCAUUUACAACACUCUGUCUUAACAUCCACUCAAACACUGCUUUCCUCAGUAUCGUAGUGCCUGACCUCUGAACAGUGUACGGAGCAGUGCAUUCGUCUUUCUUCUUUUUCUAUUUACAGUGUGUGUGUUCUGUAUGUGUGUCCUGCACAAUAUACUGUAAGAAACCCCUUACACAAAAUGCAAAGUU